CAUUUCAAUUGCAGAUUCAUGGGUGGAUGAUGGCCACUCAGAGUAUCCUGCCACCUCCGCGUUUAAACAUCAACUACUUCGCUCAGAAGAAAACUUCUCCAGUCCAACGUCGCCCUGCAUGAAGCGAUCUCCAUGCAUAAUCGGAAACUGCGUGAAUUUUGUUUGUCAGAGGGUGAAACUUGGCAAUUUUAUCUCGCUGCUCGACAUUGGCCAGAUGGUCUUAAGAUUCUUCUAUCCCUUUCACAGUCACAUGCUUGCAGAUUAACCUACAAACUCCCUGGUGACGGCUUGGUGAACAGGCUGGUAUCUCUCCUCGUCAGAGAAGCGAAUUGGGAUAGUCUGCACACUCUGGCACAAACGAAUCCUCGUGUGUACUGGCUUGCACUUAAUCACAUGUGCCACAAAGCGGAUCCUGGGUAUCUCCAUGACUUUCUUCACACCAUGCACGAUCAAUUGGUUUCUGAAGAAGCGACGACGAUUCUAGAACAUUCUGAAUCGUGUGAAGAAACUACUUCACCUUCUUACUUCCACGUUCCAACCCUUAACUUUAUGAGCAUGCUCCUACUGCUGGAGGCUGGCUUCGUGUACGGCGAUGAGUCCAUGUAUGUCAGAGUUGGUUCAACAUCGCAUUUUGGAACCCCUUCGUGGAUACAUGCCUUCCAGGUGGUCCUCGGAAAUUAUCCCUGGUCCCUCGAUUGGGGGCUACUGGGGUUGAUGGUCAACCAUGGAGCCAGACUGGAGUGGGAACAGCCCGAGCUUCGUACUACACCAGCACACUUGAUCGGCUUAGGUCUCAACAAAAGAUUCCAUAAAAUUGGGAAGAUAUAUUCUCCACUAUUGAUGCAGGCGCUAUCGUGUGAGCAUUUCGAUAGCUGUUCGUGCGCCUGCUCUUCAAGCGGAUGCUUGCCGAUCGGAUGUGCGACAGGCGGGAUGACGAGCACCGGGGAUGACGACCAGUUCUGUUUAUCCCGAUUCAUGACAAUAUGCGACAUGGUAGAUCGGAAACCAACGGAGAUCGUCCAAUUCGCGCUCGCAGUCCUUCGAGUACUGACCUUCGACGAGCUCGGCCUCACACACACCUGCUGUAGAAGAUUCAUAGGCCGGAGGGAUGCUUGGUUCGAGGGACUACACGUCUUGAAACAAGACCCAGAAGACAUCGAAGCAAUCCGUUUUAGCGAGGCCAAAGAUCUUGAGGCUCUUGAAGCGUUGAUGGCUGAGCUUGAACGAGCCUGGACCGGAUUUUCUGGGACUUUUCUGUCAUAUCUCAAGCUCGUCUGGUUGCCACUCAUACAAGACACCCAUGAUAGACUCUCUGCCGAGUCGGAGAACGAAACCGUUCAGCGAAUGGGUCAGGAUGAAUUGUACCCCCGCAACAUUUGUAUCACCGAAGAUGAAGAGGAGUCGUGCAGUGCCAGUGAAGGAGGCGGAACCACACUUUGGCAGUGGCUGAUGAACUUGGAGUUGGAAGACAACAUAGGUUGCGGCUCGGAUGGAUCGACAGCAUCGUCCACCAUGCCACUCCAGGAGGCGGUAAAUUUGGUGGGUCCACAAGAUCCGGCCCAGCCGGGCACAGAGAGAACAGACAUCUGCUUGACUCAACAUGAUUUUGAUGCUUGUCGAGUCGGAGUAUAUGGAACGAGUGGCAGUGAGCGAAAGAUCCCGGAAAGGCGCCAAAGUAUAUAGAGCACGACGACAGGAUGGCAGAUAGAACUUCA